GCCUGCUAUCGUGCACGAGCGGCACGUGUUCAGUCUCGGGGUUACUAGUCCCGUCAAACGUCGAUAAGUUCCGUUCAUAGACAUAAAGCUAGUGUCCCGGUGGGCGUGGUUUAAAAAAUUUAAGGUCGAAACCAAAUUUCUGGAAUGGGUCCGAAGAAGAGCCAGGGAAAAGGAAAGGAGGCAUCUGCCGAUGACCAUGCUGGCGGCGGCAAAGGAAAAGAGAAGAAAGGAGGGACAGCCGUAAAGGUGAGGCACAUCCUUUGUGAGAAACAAAGCAAAGCACUGGAAGCCAUUGAGAAGCUGAAAGCAGGAGCCAAGUUUAAUGAAGUGGCCACAAAUUAUAGUGAAGAUAAAGCAAGACAAGGUGGUGAUUUGGGGUGGAUGAGCAGAGGUUCCAUGGUUGGAGAAUUUCAAGAUGCUGCCUUUGGACUUCCUUCCUCUACAGUGGACAAACCAGUUUAUACUGAUCCUCCUAUCAAGACAAAAUUUGGAUAUCACGUGAUCAUGGUGGAAGGAAAGAAGCCACAAUUAUUGCCACUUGGUGGCACUCCCCUGUUAGGUCUCAGUUUCUUCCAAAAUGGAGCAGGAAGUGCUGAUAAAGUUAGCGAUUCACCAACUCGUCAGCGCAUGCUGGCUCUAUUGGAGCCAGAGAAGGAGACGGGAUGGGACAGAUUGAAGUUAAUGUUUUCCUUGGAUUCCUAUGGGCAGGUCAGCCCAGAACUGGACUUCCCACGGCAGGGAUUACUCUUUGGUUUUCUAAUUGGAGCUGUUGGAGGUGCAGUCACUCACUCAAGAAAUGCCCUAAAUAACUUUGUCCGUCAGAACAAGGCAACUCAGUUCAUGGAUCACCUAGAAGCAAAGAGAAGACUCCAAGAUAAAAUGUACCUGGCCAUGCUUAAAGGAGGCUGGAGGUGGGGCUGGCGAUUGGGAGUAUUUGUUGGCACCUUCACCCUCAUUUCCAACACUAUUGCUGUGUAUCGGAAUAAAUCUGGAAUUUUAGAAUAUGCCACUGCUGGAACUGUCACAGGAGGACUCUUCAAAUUCAGCAUGGGUCCAAAGGGGAUGAUUGCUGGUGCAGUUGCAGGUGGACUUCUUGGAAUUGUUGGAGGACUUGCAAACUUCCUGAUUGUUCGGACUACUGGUGUAGAUAUGCCUGAAAGACGCUUUUGGCAUUACAAAUGGCAGGAAGAAUCUGAACAGUUCUACAAGAAAAUGUAUGAGAUUGGACGUGAAAACAAAGGCAUCUAUGAUGCAAGAGAUGUCCAGCAUGAGAAGCAAAGACUAUCUUCACCUUCAGAGAAUUUGGUGACAGAAGGAGAAAGUGAAGAAGGAAGUACUAAUGUAAAAGAGAAUGCCACAUCUACAGCCAUGUUUGCUGAAAUCAAAGACAGAGAACACAUAAUAACAGCAAGAAUUCUCAAAAGUGAAGACUCUCUAUCGUCCAAAAGAGAGAGUCACAGGACAAUCAAAUCAAGCAUUGAGUGUGAACCUAACCAAUUGGAAGAUGUUGUAGGAAAGGAACCUACAAUAGAACAGAGAACUGGGACAUGAUAUCACUCUUCCUCAGACUGAUUUCCUGUGCAAACGGCUGACAUUUCUCUGUUCAUUGAAUUAUGUGGGAGGCAACAGUGCUUGAAACUGCAGGAC